UUAAUCUAUUCUGUGCGUUUGCCGUUCAGUAGUAUCGUUAAAUAGUAAAUACUUAAAUGUUAAAAUAGUAAAUAAAUAAGUAACAUAAAUAAUAUAUUUAUUGCGAAUUUAUAUUUUUUUGACAAUAGGAUGAGCAUAAUAAUGUCGAUAAGGAAUUACGAUUCAUUUGCGGAGACCGAUAUUUUAUUAUACUUUAGCCUGUAAACGACAUGACUCGGCAUUCUGCUGACGAAAGCCCAGAACCUUAUUUCCAAUGCCAAUAGUGUUGUCCAGUCAAUGUUAAUCUGAAAUUCUUAGACGUUUGUUUCCAGAAUGAAUCCUCAAGAAAUUUCAAUUCCAGUUCCUUGGGGACAUAUUGCUGCCAAAACUUGGGGCCACAAUUCCGACGCGCGAGUUCUCUGUCUACACGGGAUACAGGAUAACUGCGGUACGUUUGACAAGCUCAUACCGUUGCUCCUGCCAGGUUUUUAUUACGUAUGCAUGGAUACGCCAGGACACGGACGAUCAUCGCACUAUCCUCCCGGUUUCCGGAUAACGAUGGAGUGUUAUGCGGUAGCCGUCAAACGGGUCGUCGACCACUUGCAAUGGGAUCGGUUCAAGUGUAUCGGGCACAGCAUAGGUGGCAUGAUCGCCAGCUUGUUCACGUCCUUGUACCCGGAACACGUGGCCAGCCUGGUGAUGAUCGACAGCGCGGGCCCUGUGCCCUUGUUCCCGCAGGACACGGUGAAAUGGAUGAGAACGGUGUGCGACCAUCUGCUGGUGAUCGAGCGCAAGGCGGCAAGCGGAUCGCCGCCGUUGUACACCCGUGAACAAGCAAUCGACCUACUGAUGACGAAACGGCCGUCUAAGUUGACCAGGAGUUCGGCAGAAGUGCUCAUCGAACGGUCCCUGAUAGAACGCCCUGGUGGUUAUGUGUUCAGCAUGGACCAGAGACUCAAAAUGCUAUACAACCAACUGUUCUCGCCGAUUCAGUUUGCGGCUGUGGUGGACAGCAUUCAGUGUCCCGUUUUGCAAUUGCGCGCCUCAGACAACCCGCGGCAAAAGAAUCCGGACGUUAAGUUGUCGAGGAAAAUGUACAAGUCCAACCCGAACGUCCGCGUGGUCAAAGUAAACGGGAAUCACGACGUGCACUUAAACCAUCCAGAGAGGAUAGCGGAUUUGAUCAAUAAAUUUCUACUGUUCGAACGCAGCAAAAUUUAAUCGCAGAUAUAAUAGCGCUGUUGCAUGCACAUUGCACUAUAAGCUAUUACUAUUAUAAUUAAAUUCGUUAUAAUUUAUAAUACAUAAUAUUAUACAUUAAUUGUGAUUGGUAGGGACAUUGAUUAUAGAUAUUCUAUAAUCAAUGGUAGGGAUCUGGGUUUUUUUUUUUGUAAUUUUUGUUAUUAUAUUUUGUUUUUUUUAUGCGGGUUUUUUUUUUUUAAUUUGAAAUGGUGUUUUAUAUACUUAUAUUAUCGAACUCAAAAAGGGUUUCUUUUAUCACGUCGUCAGCUGGACACUAUAAUACAGAAUCAUGUACCUAUUAUGUUUUUAUUUUUAUUUAUUCGUAUUUUAUGUUUUUGUGAACACUCGUCUGUUAAUCGAUUUUCAUUUUCCAAUACACUAUAUAAUACUAUAUUAUACGUUUGUCGACGUUUAA